AUGCCCCACGCAGUCACUAUCGCGACCCCUGGGUUGCAGGCCCUCAUCUUGUGCGGCCCAGGAAGCUCAUUCCCAACGUUCACAGCAAACCCUGAUGAGAACCCAAAGGCUCUGCUUCCCAUUGCCAAUCGGCCUAUGGUCUGGUACCCGCUUGAAUUUUGUUACCGAGCUGGCAUCACAAACAUCACACUCAUCUGCCCCCCAUCAGCCAAGGAAGCCAUUGACAGUGCGCUCAAGACAAAUCCAUUCUUGACUGGCUUGCCACUCCCACGCCCUGAUCUCCUUGCACCAGAGGACUUGAAUCAAAACACGGGCACUGCCGAGAUUCUCAGACUUCCAGAGCUACAGUCACUCGUAACUUCCGACUUCUUGGUCCUCCCUUGCGAUCUGGUAUGCGAGUUGGGUCCAGAGAAGCUCUUGCAAGCAUGGAUGGUCAAGUCUGCCAGCUUAGGAGAUGUGCUGGGCGACUCUCGCGCAUCCCAGGGAAAGCACAGCGGCGGUCUGUCCGUCUACUACCAAACAAAAUCAGAGACACCCAUCAAGGGUGAGGAAACCGAGUUUAUUGCGACAGUACCACUGCCCUCAUCCUCAGUGCUGCCCGCGAGCGGCUCUCUCUUCCCUCACCUGUCCAAGCUGGUAUGCUCGAUGCCCACAGAUACUCUGAAGGAUACCCUGGAGGACAAGAAGGGCUUCCCUUCCCGCCACGACCUCGUCGAACAGCACCCCAAGAUCAAAAUGCAUACCACCCACCGCGACGCCCAUAUUUACAUCUUCCCUCAAUGGGUGAUGAAGUUCGUCAAGGAAAAUGACCGACUCGAAACCAUUGGCGAAGAUGUCAUCGGCUGGUGGGCCAAAGCCAGCUGGCAAAAGGGCCUGUCUUCCAAGCUUGGAUUUGACGAGUUUCUCGCCCUACCAGUGGACGAUUCGUCUUCCCAACACGGCGGCACCAACAGUCCCCGUGGUGAAACCACCACCACCAACACCACCAGUCUCGAGACUGCCACUCAAAAGCUCAGCCUGAACUCCACCCCAGCUGAGGAACCUAACCAGGUGGUCACCUUCAAGACCCCCAAGGUGGAAGAGCCUAACCCCAUGGAGUCUGCUUCCAAAUCGGUAGAGGUACCACCAUUGCUCGCCUACAUCCACCCUACCUCUACCGGCACCCCAGCCAAACCAACACCCAUCAUCCGCCGCGUCGACACGGCCCAACUGCUACUGCAAAUCUCCCUCCAACUGGCCAAGCUGCCUUCCCUAGAGGAGAUCCACGACACCACCAACCCACCCAGUCCCUACUGCCACGCCCGCAAGGUCGCCUACCCAGAGGGUGUCAAGCCCAGAACCACCAUCUCCAAGUCUGACUCUCUCGUCGCCGACAACGUGACCGUGUCAGAGAAGACUUCCAUCAAGGAGUCCGUCAUUGGGGCCAACUGCCAGAUCGGCGAGGGCGCCAAGCUGCAGGGUUGCCUGCUGAUGGAUGGUGUGGUGGUUGGGAAGAACUGCAAGUUGACCAAGUGCAUCAUUGGGAAGAGGGCCGAGUUGGGCGAGGGGUGCUCGCUGAGUGGUUGUGAGGUGCAGGAGAAUCUGCUGGUGGAGGCCAAGACGGAGGCGAAGGAGGAGAAGUUUAUGAGCUCGAGCGGGCUGGAGGCUACGAAGGAGGAGCUGGAUGAUGCUUAUGAUGAGGGGGAUGAUGAUGAGGAGGGGAGUGUUGAUGGGGAGGGGAGCGGGAGUGAUGAGGAGUAG